AAUGAAUAGACUCCCGUCUUCUGCUGCCGCCCCAUCGUAGGUGCAGGUCGACUGCGUAUUAACAGUGCACACAACUAAUUAACAGUAAUGUAAUGUUUUUCGAGGAUUCAUUGUAACUCGUCAAAGCGGUCACAGCCAUGGUGCAUGUUUUAUCCUGCCAUCAGUUUGCUGGUGAUCCGAAGGUGCUGACUCCAUCUCAAGAACCUUUGGCCAUUUUUGCAUCACCAACUCAGAUGUUUGUAGCCACAGUGCAGCACAGUAUCAAUGUGUAUAGCUUAGUUGAACACGGAUCACUUCAGCAUAGCUUUACAACAGCUGGGCUCGUCAAACAGGGUGUUUACUGCACCACUGGUAACUACAUAGCAGCAUUGGAGGUACGUGGAGGCACAAAUCAGGCAACAUCCAUUCGCAUUUAUUUCAACUGGGAGACGAGUGGCCCUCAAAAUGCUGUGCGUGCAAGAGUUGCAGGAGGAGAAAUGCAAACAUGUGAAAGAGGAUCCACCAUAGCAACCUCCAGUUGUGAUGUUCAAGAAUACCCAAGACAACGAAACCAGUUUGAACUUAUUGAAGUCCAAACCCCAACCCCUGCCCAAUGCAUCAGUUGCUGUCCUGCCACUGGUAACUUGGCUGCAGGAAUCAAUAACACAGUGUCCAUGUACAGGUUUGUCACUCAUCAACAAGGGAUGCUCUCUGAAUGUCCAGACUUUGAGUACCUUAUGCAGAUACAAGUUGGUCUUGUUGUCAGGGAUGUGGCAUUAUGUGAGGGUAUAAUCGCAUGUCUGGGUACUUGUGAAGUACAAGUCUGUAAAAUACGUGUGUGGGAUACAAGCGCAGGAAAGCUGACACGAGGGCGGUCUGUCACAGACAAUGAAGGGUGUAAAGUAUCUAAGUCGAACGGAGGUAAGCGGAGGGUGCCAAUGUUGAUCAAGCCCCCGCUCUCCUCUCAAGAUGGUGAUGCUUCAUUACACCUAGAAGCUGAGAAAUCGUGGACAUCAUCAACUCCUCUCACAAAGACAGAGUCUCAAAUAGCACAACCGUAUUUUGUUAGGGAUGAAGGAGCUGGUUGUGGUUGGGAUUUUGGAAUUGAAGCAGUUACCGUGGCAAGUAGCAAUACAUCUUCAGCUGGUCAGAAGAGGAAUAUAUCUUCAGCUGGUCAGAAGAGGAAUACAUCUUCAGCUGGUCAGAAGAGGAAUCAGGAUGUUGAUGAUGAAGAAGGUGCUUCAGUGUUAUUUCCAACAGUCCAAUCAGAAGAGCCUUACUCUGAGGGAUCUGUUGACAACUGUGAGAUAAUUGGACCAAUUGGCAUGAUACAAGGACAUCCUGUUCAAAUCACAGUCACCAAAAAGAAGCAACCGGAGAAGAUAAAGUCAUCUUUAACUCAGCUAUUGUAUCGUCGGUUCAUCAAGUUAAAUUUGUCUGAGGUGGAAAAUGAUGAUGAUAAUAGUCUGCAUUCACUACAACUGUCACCAACAUAUGCAUCAGUGUCUGAUGACAGCAGGACAGAGCCAAGUAGUGAUAUGAUGGAGAGUCACAAUGCACAUAAGCUUGCAGGGCUUUGUUGUUUCUUCAGUACAUCCAAACAAGGUUUCUUAUAUGAGAUGCAGCCUAUACCACGCUUACUGACUGAAUACACCUACAAGGCUGAUGCUAUACAGGUCCAGGCAGGCUAUAGUCUAUUGUUUGCUCUGACACAGAAUGGUCUAGAGACAUACACACUGCACACAUUGGCUGCAGCAUUGCUUAAUAUGGAGACUGUUGAUAACAUACACAAUACAUGUCCUCCUGCCACGUUAGAUGUCAGUUUGGUUGGUCUUGAGCCAUACCUAGGCCUGACUCAACUCGCAGUCAGUAAGGACCAUGUAAUGCUACUGUCAAGGACAAGAGACUCUACAAACCCAACACUGUCAAAUAAAAGUGCUACGGGUACCAGUAUCUCUAGUAAAUCUAAUACCAUAUACAUACAUGAGAAGUCUGCUCCUACGGCUGUGUACAAGUCAUUGAUGGAGCUUGGUGAACGUUAUCAACAUUCAAGCCCAGCUGCUUAUCUUCAGUGCAUGCUGGAAGGACACCUACUGCUCAGAACAGCAAUGACUAUGGGGAGACUAAACAACGUCCCACAAGGAAUUGUAUCAGAAUCUACUGAUUGUGAAGCAUCAUCCAGUGAGUUACGUUCACUGUACCUUCAGUCUUGUCUCCAACUGGCUCUGCACUACUGCAGAGGAGAAACUCCCAAUUGGCAUUUGACAUUGCCGUACUUCAACAUGUCAGAAUUACCACUGAAGAAAAUAAUUGAAUGCAGCCCCAAGCCAUACACAGCAUUUGAGGACACUGAAUUGAUGACUGGAGCAGGAUUAGGAAUGCUCCACUACCUAGACUGGGUUCUAUUUGAUGACAGUAGCACACUCCAUGCUGAUCAGGUAACAGCAGACAGGAUUCUGAAGUACUUUUUCUCUCUGGGCCCUCAACAUUGCAGUCAAGUUGUUCUAUUCUCCAAGAUUGAAGACCAACUCAGUCCAGAUAAAACCCUGAGUGUUUUGAGUAAAGUCAAAGAUGCACAUCAACCAGGCCACCAUGUAAACUUUGUUGGAUGUCCUCAAACUUACACAUGGUGUAAUUUGGAUCGGCUGGCUAUGUGUGAGGUGUAUCUACGAUUGGGUGACUUGGAGCAAGCAGGAUCCACCUUAUGUACUCUCUCAGCGGAAGAAAUUACUCAACUAUGUACAAAACAUUCAGCAUUACUUCUACAGGCAGAGGAUCAGUUCUCACAUUUAGCUCAGUUGAUACGUCAGCAGGAGCCAGAAAGCCUUCUUAUUGCUCUUGUGCAACUCAUCGAUGACAACACUGUAUCUCUACAAACGUGCAUCAAACUGUUGAAGGAUGAGAAAGAACCAUUGAGUUCAGCAGCAAAUAGUCAUUUGAAACGCUUCAUGGAGGAGAUAGUGUUUACCAAGCAUCGUCAUGAAGUACUCCAUGGAGCUACAGAGUUGUUGUUUGCUGUUUACUUUGAGAGAAUGGAGAAGGGAAUGUCCAAAGGAGUUCCCUUGCGACACUCAUCAAGACACACUCAUAUUUUUUCAGGUGGAGGUUGUUAUGCUAAGAGGCCAGAGUGGUUAGACUUUCUUGCUCCUUUCCAAGGAACGGAAGCUUUGACAUUCAAAUGCUUUCAGCAAGCACCUCUGGUUGUCCCAAGUAUGCCUAGACGUGCUAGGAGUUAUUCUGAUCGCUCCCAGAUACCAAUCAUUGGUAAAUUUGGGGGAGGUCAAAGGUCAAGUGGAACUGACCAGUUACGACAGAGCACACUUGCAGCAGCAAGGGGUGAUGGGAAAGAAGAAGAUGUUGUUUGUCCAUGCUGCUGUUGCAAUGAGGAUCUACUUGCUAUUCAGAGUCUGAUAACAUCACACUGUGCCACUCCCACAUUGGCCAGGCAAGUACAGCAUUUGACUGGAAUUGCUUUAAGUACUGCACCAACGCAACCAGGCUUGAAACAGUCUCUUCAAUCACUACAUAUAGUGUGUUUAGCUGUACUGGACCCACCCGCUGCUAUGGAGCUUCUGAUUCAAGAUCAUCCGGGCAUUGUACUGGAUUAUGCUCAACACUCCUUUGGGAAAGAUACUCUCAAAUGGAAGGAUCUUCUAAAUAUGUUAUUGGAACGAGGAGCUGAUUUAGAUGCUAAAGGCAGCAAUCAAACAGGAAUAUCAACUAAAGGGAACACUGAUUACCUGCAAGUACUCACAGGUGUUCUUGGCCAUGCAAGUAACCUCCUGACCCCAGAAGAACUUCUCCAAUGCUUGCCAAGUGAGGGCUCACUCUCAUUUUUUUUGCCGUACCUUAGGCAAAGUGGCUGUCGCCAAAAUGCUAGGCUGUUACAUCAACAGCUAGUUGAUACACUUGCCUCCUAGGAAGUUGAAGUGUACACCAUAAAUGGUUAGGAAAAUGUUUUAAAAGUAGAAUAUAAUAAUCAACAAAAAGAUGCUUCGAAAAUGCGAGGUUUUCCUUUGACUUUGCAAACUAUUACGGUCGGCCACUCCACAAAAUCGCAUGCCGUUCACGAUGUAAAAGGAAAAACGCGCAAUCUAAAUGCAUAUUUGUGUGGAUCAUUAUAUUCUUCUUUGUCUUUCUUUGUUUACUUAAAAAUGUUUGCAGAACGCACGAAUUGAAUACAUUUUCUAAGUAGCCAAAUGUUGGUUUUGUGUAUCACUAUUGCCUACUGGAGCAAAAAAUUACAGCCAGUCAAUUGUCAGUUAUUAUUCAGUUACUAUGGAUUGUUAUAAUGUACAGUUUGAAAUUAUUUCCAUCUGAAAUAUUAUCAUUUUAAAGAAAUUAUAGCCCAAGUUCUAGCCCACAUUUAGGAUCCAAUUGAGGGUCUUUACACAUGAACUUUAAGGGGCACGAGUUGUUUUAAGAAAAGCGUUUGAAACCGUUUGUUAUAAAAUGCAUUUGGUUAGAA